AUUAUUGACCCUAAGAUGUCCGCAGAAGAGUAUGUGUGGCGCGAGCAUAUAGUCCGGCGUUUACGUGAGAAGCGAAAGGGUUGCGAGGGUUUCAAGGAAAUCAUUAUACAAAACAAUCGCCUCAUUGAUCAUGUUGCGCAGCUCAAGUCCGACAAUCUAAAGCUAUCCGUGGAGAAUGAGCAAUUGCGGAACGCCGUGUCAACAGGUGGCACCGGUCCUAAUGUGGCCAUGGUGACGCUGGAGAAGAAGCUGCUGGCACAACAAGAAGAGCUGACGGAGUUGCACAAAAGAAAGGGCGAGAACUCGCAAAUGAUUGUGGACUUAAAUGUUAAGGUCGAGCAACAAAAGAAACUCCUGGUGGAGAAGGAGCACAGCCUGUAUGAACAACAAACUGUGAACAACCGCUUGAGGGCGGAGGUGCAACUGCUGCACUGCAGCUUGGAAGAACUUAAGAAGCUCAACACAACAUUGCUUGAUGAGCACACCGCGUUACAGCUGGCAUUUAGCUCACUCGAAGACAAGAUGCGUAGUGUUCAGGACGAGAAUCGUUGUUUACUAGAACGAAUAAUGCGCUACAAAUCAAAAGAUGCUGAUAAGCUAAACGAGGAAAACGAAAGUAUAAUAAGAAAAAGACUGCCGUCAAUUUUCAGAAAACGUUCAGCCAAACUGAAACGUGACCUGGAAGACGCCGUUCGUGAGCCCAACUCCUUAAACAAUCAAACAGUUCCUGCCAGCAGUGGAACGCCGCUCCACCGCAAUUCAACAAGUCCGGCCCAAUUUGUUGGAAGUCUUGUGAGUGACGACGACUUUGAUGAAGCUUCCAUAAACGGAGCGAUGGAAGCUUUAGGACUGGAUGAAGAUGAGUAUAUCAAUGCCAGAUUUUCAGCUGGCGAGGCAAUGCACGAGGCGACACGCGCUUCCAUAGAUACACUUAAGGCAUCCGGUUACCUGGGCCAGCCGAAUCCCACAAAAAUCCUCAUGAAAUUUGAAGCUCAUGAGAAUGAGUCGCACGCAGUGCGUUGGAGCCCCGUGGAGCGCAUGGUAGCCACUGGUGGUGCUGACAGAAAAGUUAAACUCUGGGACGUAGGCAAAGGACUAACUGAGCCUCGUGCUGUGCUGAGUGGGAGUAGUGCGGGAAUUAAUUCCGUAGACUUCGAUUCAACCGGAGCGUAUAUUUUGGGCACAUCGAAUGAUUAUGGAGCGAGGGUUUGGACAGUAAUGGACAAUCGAUUAAGGCACACGCUGACAGGUCAUAGUGGCAAAGUCAUGGCAGCUAAAUAUGUACAAGAGCCUAUUAAAGUGGUGACCGGAAGUCAUGAUCGCACAUUAAAAAUUUGGGACUUACGUAGCAUUGCCUGCAUAGAGACCAAAUUUGCGGGCUCUAGUUGUAAUGAUCUUUGCACAACGGAUAGCCUGGGCUCGACCAUUAUCAGUGGACAUUAUGAUAAGAAAAUACGCUUUUGGGAUAUACGAACGGAGAAGCAAGCGGAUGAUGUGCUCAUGCCUGCCAAGAUUACCUCAUUAGACUUGUCAAAAGAUUGCAAUUACUUAAUAUGUUCCGUUAGGGAUGAUACGAUCAAAUUAUUAGAUUUACGAAAAAAUCAAGUCAUCUCAACGUUUGCCAAUGAACACUUUAAAAUAAGUUGUGAUUUCGCUAGGGCAACUUUUAAUUCUAGUGCUGUUAAAAUUGCCUGCGGUUCAGCGGAUGGCACAAUAUUUAUAUGGAAUGUUAAUGGUUUUCUCGAAACAACGCUUAAGGGGCACAGCACGGCCGUGAAUGCAGUUAGCUGGAGUCCAAACAGUAAUUCGCUAGCAUCGGUGGGAAAGAGCAAAAGAUGCAUUAUCUACUCGGAUUCAUAGUGACUGAAUUGCUUGCAGUUGAGCUACUUUAUCGUUUACCGCAGCGCUUGUCAAAGUCAAUGUUUAGUUUGAUUAAACUUACACCGAAUUUAAAUUGCUGCUGGAUUUUGUUAUAGAACCUAGCACGUGCCAUUGAUCAACGCCUUAAUAAUUAAUUAUUAAUGUAUAUUAAAAGUGUUAGGCUACUAACGGGGGAUAUAAAUAUUUGCAA